AUGCCGUUUAACAUCACUAUUGACCACGCAGCCUCUCAUAGUUCAGGUCACUCGUCUCUAAGCGAGGAGGAUUCCUCUGGUACAGGCGUUGAAGUCUCCCCGCCCUCAGUUACGGGAAGCCACGAAUACCAUGAUCCUUAUGAUGUCGGUGGCCCGUGGGACCAUCUAUCCUACCCCGAUGAGUUAAAGCCCUCUGACUCUGCCUCAAGACCUCGCACAUCCCACUACCAUCAUGCGGCCGUUACCCGUGGCCGCGCUAGAUCAACGCGACGCCAUCCUGUUCGAAUGCGCGGUCCUCACGAGCGGGAACCGCUUACACGUCCACCCCGUAGAGCCCGCCCUGCUCAUCCAGUUCCUGAGCCUGAAAGUGAAGACUCAUCUGAGGAAUAUAUUGAGUAUCCGCCAGGCCCCCCCGAAAGGCGAUUUUGGCCUGUUGCGCCUGUCCCUCCCACCGGAUACCCUCACAGCAUUGCUUCCGGGCCUUCAUAUGGAAAUUAUCCGCAUGGAACUGGGCCUCACGGAACACCGCACUUGCAUACCCCGGGGAUGCCAUCCAAUCAGUUGGUCCAACUUGGUCCAAUGGGGCAUAUGGGCCCCAUGGCUCAUAUGAAUCAGUACGGUGGGGGCGGACCUUACCCGUAUGGGCCCGGAUUCCCUGGGCCAGGUCAUAGUAUACCACCGCCUUAUUUUGAUAGUCCAGACCACCAUCACUCCCCGCCACCCCAUCAUCUUCAUCAGCAGCUUCGAAACCAUUCGGAAAAGCAAAGAGAUGGCGAGAGCCCCCCGCCCCCGGGUUUUGGGCAUGGAGACCCUCACCUUAUGAACCCACAGUUCCCAAGUGCACCGUUCGUCCCACCAGAUAUGGUUCCCUUCCAUCCACAUCACGGGUAUUUCCACUAUAACCAACCCUAUGCGUUCCCCCGAGAACUUAUGCCUCCUCACUUUUUGCAUGCUUACCACCCAAUGCCCUCACCCCCACUACAACCUCCCGAAAAAGAGAAAACCCCCCCACCUCCGCCGCCCCCAGAGGCUCCGCCCCAGCCAGACCCAAAAGAUGAAGCAAUUGCGCGGCUUGAGAAGCUUAUCUUGGAUGAGAGACUUGAACGUGAAGCUCGUGAAGCGGCACGGGAAGCCGCCCUCGAAAAGGCCGCCCGUGAUAAAGCCGCGGCUGAAGAGCGAGCAGCUGCUGAAAUGAAAAUUGCAGAAGAGGCCGCUGCAAAGGCGACAGCCAUAGCAAAAGCAGAGGCUCAGUUGGAAGCUGACAGACUAAAAGCAGAGGCAAAAGCAGAAACAGAAAGGCUGAAAAUAGAAGCUGAACUAAUGGCAGCUGAAGAAGCUGCUAAGGCUAGACAAGCUGCUGAGGAAGCAGCUGCUAUAGCAGUGGCGGAAGCCGCCGCGGCAGCGACAGAGGCCGCAAACCUCAAGGCAGCUGAAGCUGUGGCUGCUGCUACUGCUGCGGCGAAAAAGUCAGGAGAGAAGAAAAAGCCUGUAAAAUUCAAAGAUGCCAUUGGGAGGAAAUUCAGCUUCCCUUUUCAUCUAUGUAAAACAUGGCAGGGCAUGGAAGAGCUGAUACGGCAAGCCUUCCUCCAUAUUGACGUCAUUGGUCAGCAUGUUGCUGAAGGGCGCUAUGAUCUCGUCGGUCCUAACGGAGAUAUCAUUCUUCCACAAGUAUGGGAAACUGUCGUUGAACCAGACUGGGCUAUAACUAUGCACAUGUGGCCGAUACCCGAGAAACCGAAAGAACCAGAUCCGCCACCUCCGGAAAUAGAAGAAGUUCCUCUUGACACUAUCAUCGAUGUCAAACAGCAACCGGAAACAGAUGCUGAAGAAAUAGCAAGCGGAGAGGCUCCACCUCCUCCCCCUGCUCCCAAAAAGCCUCGGCCUCCGCCCAUUCCAGGCGCCUUCACAAUGUGGAUGACCGGAGCCCGAGCGAGACAAGUCCGGUCUUUAAAAGUGGAAAAAAAGCCUGAAGUAAUACAGCAGCAUGAUGAAUCAUGCUGUGUUAUGUGA